ACGCUUAGCUGAUGGAACUCUGGUUGCUGUAAAAAGACUUACAGAGGAGAGAACCCAAGACGGGGAACUACAGUUCCAAACAGAAGUUGAAAUGAUUAGCAUGGGUGUCCACCACCGCAAUCUGCUUUGUCUGCAUGGGUUUUGCAUGAAAAUAUCCUUAUAUGGCUAAUGGAAGUUUGGCAUCUUGUUUAAGAGAUCGUCCAGAAGGACAACCUGCACUUGAUUGGCCAAUAAGACAACGCAUUGCAUUGGGAUCUGCAAGAGGUCUUGCUUAUUUACAUGAGCACUGUGAUCCAAAAAUUAUUCACCGUGAUGUGAAAGCUGCAAACAUAUUGUUGGAUGAGGAAUUCGAAGCUGUUGUUGGAGACUUUGGGUUGGCUAAACUCUUGGACAACAAGGAUGCAUAUGUUACCACACAUGUAUGUGGCACAAUUGUUCAUAUGGCACCGGAGCACUUUUCAACUGGAGUGUCUUCCGAGAAAACUGAUGUUUUUGGAUACGGAGUCCUGCUUCUUGAACUCAUCACUGGGCAGAGGGCUUUCAAUCCUCAGCUUGCGAGUGAUGAUGAUUUCAUGUCAGUUGAUUGGGUAUGCAUUUACGUCUUUCUGUUUGUGUAUGUAGCUAGUUAUUGUUAUAUGCAAGAUUAUUUCCCAACAACAUUUGCAUUUCCUUAG